CCAAAGAAGGAGAGGAACCUAAAUAUGCUUUCCCAAUUUGUAAUGGAGCAUCCUUACAUUUGUUACUAUAUUUGUCUCUUGUUGGUGUUUUUAUCAUGUCAAAAAGCGUGGGCGCUUUGGUGGAAAAGUAACAAGUACUCCACUGUCGGCAUUCCUCCAGGAAAUCGAGGAUUACCGUUUGUAGGAGAGACACUGCAGUUCAUGGCUGCUAUCAACAGCAGCAAAGGUGUCUAUGAAUUUGUCCGUGUUCGCCGUCUCCGAUAUGGAAAUUGCUUCAAGACCAAGUUGUUUGGGGAAACGCACGUUUUUAUUUCUAGUACGGAGUCGGCAAAAGCGGUUCUAAACAACGAGGGAGUGAAAUUCUCAAAGAGGUACAUAAAGUCAAUCGCGGAGCUCGUGGGACCCGAUAGUUUGCUGUGUGCUGCUGAGCAGCAUCACAAACUCAUUCGGGGGUGUCUCUUCAGUUUGUUCUCAAACGAUUCUUUGUCCUCCUCCGUUAAACUGUUUGAUGCACUCGUUCUUGAAGCUAUGAGUAGCUGGACAUGUGGAUCCGUUGUGGUCAUACAAGAUGAAGCACUCAAGCUAGCUUGUAAGGCGAUGUGCAAGAUGCUAAUAAACACUGAGAGUGGCAAUGAGUUAGUUAUUAUGCAAAAGGAGGUUGCUCGUGUGUGUGAAGCAAUGCUUGCAUUCCCCCUGAGGUUACCUUGGACCAGAUUCUACAAAGGCCUUGAGGCUCGAAAAAGAAUUAUGGAUAUAUUGGAUAAGGAUAUCAGUGCAAGACGAAGUGGAAUUACAAUUCGCCAUGUAGAUUUUCUUCAACAACUUUUAGCAGAACAUGAUAAUAAAUUAAACGAGGAUGAAGUCACAAGGCUAACAGAUAGAGAGAUCAAAGAUAAUAUCUUAACUAUGAUGAUUGCAGGACAGGACACAAUAGCAAAUGCAAUGACAUGGAUGAUCAAAUUUGUGAAUGAGAAUCAGGAGGUUCUUAACAUGCUUAAGAAGGAGCAACUUCGGGUCGAGAAAAAAGGAACAAUAAGUGCGUAUCUUACACUAGAAGCUCUUAAUGAGAUGCCAUAUGCUUCUAAGGUCGUAAAAGAAGCGUUAAGAAUGGCAUCCGUAGUACAGUGGUUGCCAAGAGUAGCACUCGUAGACUGUGAGAUUGAAGGAUUUAAAAUCAAGAAAGGGUGGAACAUUAAUAUCGAUGCUAGAUCGAUACAUCUUGAUCCAACUGUGUACAAUGAUCCGGAUGUGUUCAAUCCUUCAAGAUUUCCUGCAGAGUCAAAACCAUACAGCUUCUUAGCUUUUGGGGUGGGAGGAAGGACGUGCCUUGGGAAGAACAUGGCUAAAGCCAUGAUGCUGGUGUUUCUCCACCGUCUCAUCACCAGAUACAAGUGGGAGGUGAUUGAUUCAGACUCGAGUAUUCAGAAAUGGGCGCUUUUUACAAAACUUAAGAGUGGGUGUCCGGUACGUUUGAUAUCUAUGAAGGAGGACACAAAGAAAACUAUGUGAUAGAAUAACGAUUUACAAUUGGAAGCAAUUCAAAUGUAAUAAUGUUGCAAUCUAUUGUAAAAGAUAUUUCACUUGUAUAAAUGCAUAUU